AAAGUGUUUCGCAGUCACGCAGCCUGAAGUGGUUACACGUCUGUUAGAGUCGUAACAGUGAAGUUUAAUGAUGUUUAAUCUUCAGAUGUCUUCUACAAACAUGAAGCUUCUUCCUCUCGCGUGUCUCUGUCUCCUGACUCGGUCUGGAACAACGUUGGCUGAUGAACAAAGUCCAGUGAUCAUCAAAGUGGAAGAAGGCAGUGAUGUUAUUUUACCCUGUUCCCUCAGCCCCAAGGAGGACAUUGAGUACAAACUCUUUGACUGGAAGAAAGAUGGUCAGAAGGAGGUUUUCAUGUAUGAUGCAGGAAUUUAUUACAAUAAGGGCCUUUCAGGUCAAGAUGAGCAGUUCAAAGGUCGCGUCUCACAUUUUCAAGAUGAGCUGAAGUACGGCAACGCCUCCAUCAAGAUCAGAAAUACGAAGGUGAAUGACAGUGGAAACUACAGCUGUGAUUUUCCACGUCUGCAGCCAAGACAGACAUUCAACAUUCAGCUUGUUGUUGGUGGUUUCUUAAAGGACAGAUCAGCUGAAGAAGGAGCAUCUCCAAAGCCGUCUGUUACAAUACUUAAUGAAACAAAUGAUGGGAUGCUGCUGCAGUGUGAAGUUCUUGGUGCUUCUCCAAAACCUACAGUAGAGUGGCAGGACAGUGCUGGAAACAAACUUCCUGCUGAGGAGCCACAGGUCUCAGAAAGAGGAGGCAGCUUCUACAUCACUGUCAACACUACUGUGAAGAAGACCGACCGCUAUCGCUGUGUAGCCACACAGGAGGAGAUCAAACAUCAGAUUUUUAAAGACAUAUAUGUGAAGGUCAAUGGGUCUCCCACUGAUUCCUCCUCUGGAUUAGAUGUUCCUUUACUUGGUGCUGCUCUCCGCGUUGUUGCGGUUGUUCUAGCUGUGUGUGUGUAGGCUGGAAAUGCAGCCAAAAAUUACAGAGAGAACCAAAGACCCCACAAUUAUGAGAUGGCACUCUUUUACAGAGCAGUGGGAUCAAAGACAAUGCAUCAGGUCAAGAAGAUCACGUCUCACAUUUUCCAGAUAAAGUGUAGCACGGCCCCCAUCAUGAUCUGUAAUACUUAUAAUAUAUAUAAAUAUUUUACACUGCAGAUAUUAGACUAGCAGCUAGCGGACUUUUCCAUAUUAAAUAUUAAUCAUACUUGUGCUAAACCAGGUGUGUUACCUGUUCCGUGUUUGUAAAAUAUCCACUGCUUCUUCUAACAUAACACUUGAUUUAUACUUUUCUUAUUUACUGGUCGUUUAAGUCGCUGCAUCUAUUGACAGAACAGAGUUAUGUAACGUAACAGGUUGGGCUGCAGCGAUCGAUUCACUUUAGUAAUCGAGUAUUUUACAGAUUAUUUCGCCGAUUAAUCGAGUAAUCAGCGCUGCCUUCAUGCUGUUGUGGUCGGCUGGUUCUGUUGUACAGAGCUGUUUUCUUUUAGCUUGAAAUCAUCCCAUUCUUCUCUGACUCUGUUUCUUCUUCCUUCUCUGUUUUCUCUCUCUUCCUUCAUGUUAUAAUCCUCACCAUCAAAUGGCAUCGUCUUCACUUGUCCGCAGCGUAAACAGGUUGUGCGACACUAAUAAUGGGCGGUGAUGGUACAGUGGAUAAGACACAUUCCUUUGGUCUGAGAGACCCGGGUUCGAAUCCCCUGUGAGACACCAAUGUGUCGCUGAGCAAGACGCUUAGUUGCUCCAGAGGCGUGCAACCUCUGACAUAUAUAGCAAUUGUAAGUCGCUUUGGAUAAACGCGUCAGCUAAAUGAAUAAAUGUUAAUGUAAUAAUCGUCCGUGUGAAACUGUACAUCAGUGCUUUUCUGUAAUCUAGUUAUCAACUUUCUUGAAUUGUUUCAGCCCUAGUAACGAGUAGUUCACCUGCUCUGCUCCUUGAAUACGCACAGAGCCCCCUCAGUGGCUCAUCUGCCCACCAAAGCAGUCCUACAGGGAAACACUGUGUUGUUGUCAUCUUCUUGUGCUGUAGAUGCUGUUGAAAAUUAAUAAUGUUGGAUUACUAUUAUUCUUGUUCUUGGGAGUUUGGGUUAAUGCCUGAUCAUUUAAAAAUAAUGAAGCCUUAAAUUUAAAAUGUUUUAUAAAUGCAUGAUUUUUCUAAUAGUCGUGUUAAAUAACCGUGACCUCAAUACUGACCAAAAUAAUCAUGAUGAUGGUAAAUGGUCUGUAUUUUGUUUAGUACCUUUCUCGUCUUUCUGACUACUCAAAGCUCUUUAUGUCUCACGCUGACGAGCAGAGCCGCCAACUUUUGAGUUCAUCAGAAACAGAAAUUAUGUUACAAA